AUGAUAAGAAUUGACAUAGUAGUUGGGGUGGUGGCAACGAUAGCAGUGGCGGGGCUAGUGGUGGUGGCAGUGGCAAUGGUGGAUGUGUCUAGUGCUGCCAAUAAUGAAGUGUGGUGGUUAAGGAGGCGACAAUUGCGUAAAUUUGGCGGUUGCAAUUGUUGUGGUGGCAACAAAAAUGGUUGUGGUACUAGUAGUGGCGGUGGCUGUUAUAAUGGUGGUAGAGGCGGUGGCAACAACGAUGGUAAUUGUAGCGGCAGUGGUGACGAUUGUGGUAUUGGAGGUGGUGGCAAUUAUGACGACAGUAACAACAACGAUGGUGCUAAUGGUAGUUGUGGUGCUAGAGGUGGCAAUUGUGGUUGUUGUGGUGGUGUUGGUCGUGGCAACUACGAUGGCGGUGGUGGUGGCGCUUGUAGUGUCAAUGAUGAUAGAAGGUUAGUGGUUGUAGUGUUACUGGUAGAUGGUGGUGGUCACUUUGUUCUUCCGAGGGAGAAAAUGUCAUUUUAA